AUGGCGACUAAUAAUUUCACAACAUCAUCAUUUCUUUUGUACUCUCUCGUGGGGUUCGCGCACGCGAGCACCAUCAACCACAACUUCGACGUUGGCUGGGUCUAUGCCAACCCUGACGGUCUCCAAAAUCGCCCAGUCAUCGGCAUCAAUGGACAGUGGCCUAUUCCGACAAUAACAGCAGACAAAGGGGAUCGCCUUAUCAUUAAUGUGACCAACUCCCUGCACAACGAAUCAACCAGUCUACAUUUUCACGGCAUUUAUCAGAAUGGAUCAACCCAUAUGGAUGGGCCUGUCGCCGUCACCCAGUGCGAUAUCCCACCAGGAAGCAGCUUUGUGUACAAUUUUACAGUCGAUCAGCCAGGUACAUAUUGGUACCACUCGCAUAGUAGAGGCCAAUAUCCAGACGGACUACGCGGAGCGCUCAUAAUUCACGAUCCUGAAUCUCCUCAUAAAAAUCUCUAUGAUGCCGAGAUUGUUCUCACAUUCUCCGACUGGUAUCACAGCCUGAUGAACCCGCUCCUUAACUCGUUUUUAUCCAUCAGCAAUCCUUCUGGCGCUGAGCCUGUGCCUCAGUCUUCUCUUGUUAAUGAAACGAGAGAUCUCUCUGUGGCCGUAGAACCAGGAAAAACAUAUCUUGUGAGGAUGGUGAAUAUGGGGGCGUUCGCAGCCCAGUAUGUGUGGUUCGAGGAUCACACUAUGAGAAUCGUUGAGGUAGAUGGCAUAUACACUGAACCAACGGAAGCAAGCAUGAUCUACAUGACAGCUGCGCAAAGGUACAGCGUACUGAUUACAACCAAAAAUUCGACGGCUGGCAACUUUGCCUUCGUUGGGAGUAUGGAUCAGGACUUGUUCGAUGUCGUACCAGACGGCCUGAAUCCGAAUGUCACUGGUUGGCUCGUUUAUGACAGCACCAAAGAAAAACCCGCAGCCAAAGAGAUUUCGGAAUUCGCGCCCUUCGACGAUUUCACACUCGUACCUCAGGAUAGUGAGCCGCUGCUCCAGCAUGUUGACAGGUCGAUCACAUUGGAUAUGAAGAUGGACAAUCUGAUCGAUGGCGCGAACUAUGCCUUCUUUAAUGAUAAGACAUACGUUGCACCAAAAGUUCCGACUCUGUAUACCGCCCUCUCGACUGGAGCCAAUGCUUCCAAUCCGGAGAUCUACGGAUCAUAUACAAAUCAAUUCGUUCUCUCUGAAAACGAAGUUAUCGAAAUCAUACUUAACAAUAACGAUCCAGGAAAACAUCCAUUCCAUUUACAUGGCCACGCCUUCCAAGUUGCCUAUCGUUCGGAGGAAGAAGCCGGUCCUUAUGAUGCCAGUCAGAUUACGGAUGGCACAUUUCCCGCGAGCCCAAUGAGGCGUGAUACGGUGUUGGUAAAUCCCAAUGGGAAUAUCGUCCUACGAUUCCGUGCUAACAACCCUGGAAUCUGGCUGUUCCACUGCCACAUCGAAUGGCACGUGGCAUCCGGACUUGUUGCCACGAUGAUUGAGUCGCCGCUGUCACUUCAGAAGCAGCUCGCGGAUGGCAUACCAGAAAAUCACUUGGACGUUUGCAAAUCAUCGCGUGUUCCCACGGCAGGUAAUGCUGCUGGUAAUACAGUCGACUUAUUCGAUCUGGCAGGAGAGAACAAAGCCCCAGGACCAUUGCCGGCGGGGUUCACACCCAGAGGCAUCGUAGCGUUGGUCUUUAGCUGCGUGGCGGCCUUUGUGGGCGUCGGCGUUGUUGCAUGGUAUGGAGUAGCACCAAUCAAAGCCAAGUCGGUUUAGAUGGAUCCACCGAGCAGCAUGAGACGCAGCCUGUAGAUUCAAAUCAAGUACGGAGUCAAUUGAAUUGAGCAUUCUACCUCUGCUUCAUGUUUGUGUCAAGAACAACAACCUAGAUGACUAGGUGAAACCUCUCUUCACUGUAUUUUUAUCUGGGAGACCUCGCGGGAGAUUCUUGACCCGAAAUAUCAUACCACAAUACCAAAGGUUAAAUGGCAAUUCACUUGUAGUCCGUGCCUUAUCUAAAUAGAUUGACUGAACUCGAUUCUGUGGAACUCAGGAGGCGUGUUCCAGCUCUGUUGUCUCCGCAAAACCGUAAUCGACGGCUUCUCCUAGUAAGUCCUCCGGGCCUCGAACAAGUUGUUGCUUAUCAAAAAGUCGGUGUUUUCAAUCCUGCUGGCCUGUGUUGAUG